AUGGAAGUUCUCACAGAGUCAAGCACUCACCCUUCUGAAUUUGAAGCUCAUGAGGUGCAGUCUACAACGGUAGACAGUGCAGUUGCUAAUAGAACGACUGUCAAAGCACAGGAAAUUCUGAGCCAGACAGAGAUUCCCAACGCAAUAGAGACCCCGGAUCUCAAGGGUACAACUGAGAUCAAGCCGGAGCCAUCCUUGGCCGAUGAGAAUGGUGCAGACAAGGCCUCUUGUAGCAACACUGAAGUCGACGGAAUUGUUGCCACAGCAAUCCCGGCUGCUACGAAGAGUCAAGCGAGUAUCGUUUUUGUUGAUCCUUUUGGCACGCGUUGGACCUUUCCAUACGAGAAUUCUAAAACUUGGGACGAUACCAAGAAACUGGUCAGAAUAGUCUUUGAGACAUACGCCGCUGAAUGGCUCGCGCAUUACCUGGAUGAAGACGAUGAGCAUGACGAAACAUUUUCCAUCAUCAAAAUUAAACCCGAACACUCAAAUAUCCUGCCCAAUAAUUGGGAAAAUUUGGUUUCACCCGGAUGGGAAUUCAAGCUUGAAUUCACAUUCGAUGUGCUCUACUCAAUCCGCAGAAAAAAAAAGGCUGAAGAAGAGGAAGAAGCUGCAGAAAAGGCCAAUAAAGAGGUCAAUGAAGAGGCCAAAGAAACUGACGUGGUGGUCGAAGAAUUGAGUAAGGUGUCUUAUGUCGCAACAUAUUUGGCCCCGGAUAACGAUGGUGAUUACCAACGCCGUGAUACGAAGCAACUCAACGACAAGACAAUCUUUACGAAGGUUUCCGACAUUCAGAUCCCCAAAUCUGUAAUUGAGGAGCACAGGGAGGUCUACUGUAGCAAAAGAUAUGCUACUGACCCUGAUGAUGACAUGUUCGACACAAUUAGCAGUCCAGUACUCUACAUCCAUUCGCCAAUUCUUCUCAAUGCUCUCAAUGCCAUCAUUGAUUGCCAAUCACGCCCAGACAAAAUCCCCCGAGUCGAAUAUCGUGUCCAAGACAUCGAAAGUGAUCUGGGGCAGGGUCGGUUCGCGUAUCCUUUCACUGAUCUUCAUUACUACAGGGAGAGACUGCUCCAGUAUCGAGAGGAAGUGGGUGAAACUCACGACAUCGAGUACACCACAACAUGUCAAGAGCAUAUUGAUAUUUUGGUUGAAUAUCUGGAUAGCCUAACAACAAUUGGAGUGAGAGAUGCUGAAUUUCUCUGGAAUAACGAAGUCCCAAAGACGACUUUCAGCUCUCUCUGGCUCUUGUUAAAGCCUGGGACAGACGUCUUUGUUCAGGAGAACGGAAAACUGAAUGCAUAUGUCAUCGAAUCGUUUUCGGGAGGAGUGCCGUGGGGUUCCCCUAAUGCUCGUUCGCGGCCAUACAUUGUGAAUGUUUGGAAUCUCAACUUUGACGGCCAAAUUCUAAGUCGUUCCGUUAAAGAAGUCAUCAUUUCUAUUUUUGACGGGCAACGUGAGAUUACCUCUCUCCCUCUAUUUCCCAUCAAGUUUCAUGUGGAUGAGGACCCGCAGAAUCCUCUACGUCAGCAAUUGGUGGAGCGAGGGAAAAGAUUUGUCAAUAUGGUGAAGACACCUACAUUCCAGGAGUACAGCGGCCCAAGCAGACUGCAGGGCAAUCGAACCUUUAACCAAACGCGAGUCGUCGUUGAUCACACCAGUCAACCAUGGAGACUGAAAGAGAUGGUUGAUGAUAAAAAUGCCCAUUUUCCGAUUGCAGAAGUCUACGAUGUUGAGCUGGGCCAACGAACAAAGGAGCCAAAAUGUCUAUGCAAAACAUGUCAAGCGAACGGUCUGCGCCAACACGGCAUUCAACGUCGCAUUUUCGACGACUAUGAUAAUAUUGAUUUGAGUUCAGUUUCAACCCUAACGGACCAUCAAUAUCUACUCUGUUGGUCGCACGUAUAUGCAUACGUCUUGAAAGACCGCGUCUGGGAUGUAUUGGAAGUAUCUAGCCUGAAGGACCCAAAGAUACAUAAAGGUAUCAUUGACACGCUGGUCUUGAAACCUGAAAGCAACAAGCAAAUGAUCAAGGCCGUCUGCGAGAUAUUUGGUGGAACGUACAGGCAGCCUUUCUCUUCGGACUUUAUCCAGGGCAAAGGAGAAGGACAGAUCUUGCUACUUCAUGGUCCUCCAGGAACAGGCAAGACUCUCACAGCUGAGUCUGUUGCAGAGUAUACAGGUCGGCCUCUUCUUAACAUUACUGCUGCAGAUUUAGGUCAUGAACCAGUGCCACUGGAACGAAAUCUGCUUCGUUUCUUCAGAAAUGCAAGACAUUGGAAUGCAAUCGUUCUUCUUGAUGAAGCGGAUGUUUAUCUCGAAACCCGGUCUGCCCAGGAUCUUCGACGGAAUAUAAGUUCGCGUGGUGCACUAGUGCAAACAGCGGCUAAGCAAGAUUUACUUGCACCAGUUUUCCUGCGUGCCCUAGACUACUUCCAGGGUAUCCUCUUCCUAACGACCAAUCGUGUGGGAAGUUUCGAUGAAGCAGUCAUGUCGCGAAUCCACGUGCAGAUUGGAUAUGACCCACUCGAUGAGGAUUCAAGGAAGCAAAUCUGGGACGGUUAUUUCAAGAAGCUCUCCAAAAACCACAACAAUGAUGGCCGGGAGAUUCGUUGCUCAUACGAUGCCAAAGAAUUUGUUCGGAAGUCAGAAGAUCUCCGGGCACUUAAAUGGAACGGCCGCGAGAUACGAAACGCAUUCCAAACUGCCGUGGCUCUUGCAUGCUUCCAGGCAAAGCAGGAAGGGAGUCCUAUUCCUGAGUUGACAGAUGACCAUCUUCGCCAAGUCGUGAACAUGUCUCAUAAUUUCAAGGGCUACGUAAAGGCGGUUCGUGGAAAAGAAGAGGAUUAUGCCUAUGCGGCAGGAGUUAGAAACGAUACCACAAGAUCUUCUGGGGGAAGUGACGAACGAUUGAGAAGCAUGGAUAUUCCUAACUUCUAG